UCUUCCCUUUUAAACCCACACGCUACAACACCUCUUCUCUCUCUAACUUUCGUCCUCCUCUCUCCUAACAGUGUUUCUGACGGCGUCAGUUGUCUCCGUCGCUUAAGCCGCCGCCGCCGCCUCUAACGGCGUUUACUUCUCCGUUUCCUCAUUUUCCCGCUUCAAAAUUUCACACUAUAAAUUCGAAGAAGCUGCAUUAGCACCGUCACUCAAUGUCCCGUGUUGUAGCAGCUGACGACAGCAUGACGUCACCAUUCUUCUCGCCGCUAACCGUCGAUUUAUCCAGCAACUUCUCCGCCCCCGGCGGCGGAUCCGGCGCUUCAUCUCCGACGCUCGCUCAUCUCCUGAAGAGAGUUGGAGACAGGACGAGACACCUUGCCGGAGAAGAAUCGCCGCCCAGCAAUCUCCGGCAACACAUCCUCGAUCUCGGAUCGCCGGAGAGAUCUGUGCCGUUCGUCCUCUCCUUCAACAACCUCACCUACAGCGUCAAGGUCCGCCGGAGAAUCGACAUUCCAGGGAUCUUCUCGCGGCGGCGACCANCCCCGGCGGAUCCCGCCGUCGUUCCGGCGGAGAGGCUGUUCUCUUCGAAGACGAAGAUUCUCCUCAACGGAAUCUCCGGAGAGGCUCGCGACGGUGAGAUCCUUGCCGUGCUCGGAGCCAGCGGAUCAGGGAAAUCCACGUUGAUCGAUGCUCUGGCUAACCGAAUCGCCAGAGAAAGCUUAAAAGGAACCGUGACAUUGAACGGCGAAGUUCUGAAUUCGAAGAUGCAGAAAGCAAUUUCUGCUUACGUGAUGCAAGACGAUUUGCUUUUUCCCAUGCUUACUGUCGAAGAAACUUUGAUGUUCGCUGCCGAAUUUCGCCUCCCUCGGAGCCUCUCGAAAUCGAAGAAGAGUCUGCGAGUUCAGGCGUUGAUCGAUCAAUUAGGCCUCAGAAAUGCGGCGAAGACUGUGAUCGGGGAUGAAGGCCACCGCGGGGUCUCAGGAGGAGAGCGCAGGCGCGUGUCUAUCGGGAUUGAUAUCAUCCACGACCCGAUUCUGCUCUUCCUCGACGAGCCAACCUCGGGGCUCGAUUCGACAAGCGCGUUCAUUGUUGUAAAGGUUCUGAAGAGAAUCGCACAAAGUGGGAGCAUGGUGGUCAUGACUUUGCAUCAGCCGAGUUAUCGCCUUCUCGGACUGCUCGAUCGUCUUCUCUUCUUGUCUCGUGGACAAACCGUCUUCAGCGGCUCUCCUACCGUCCUGCCUCGGUUCUUUGCAGAGUUUGGACACCCAAUUCCCGAGCACGAAAAUCGCACUGAGUUCGCUCUCGAUUUGAUUCGUGAGCUUGAAGGUUCCGCGGGUGGAACCAGAAGUUUAGUCGAAUUCAACAAGCGAUGGAACCAGACGAAAGCAGAGCCAACAUCGACUCAGGCCACGAAUCAAUCUCUGAAAGAAGCCAUCAGCGCCAGCAUUUCUCGAGGCAAACUAGUCUCUGGUGGUACCACGGGAUCGAGUCCAGUCUCUAGUGUACCUACAUUCGCAAACCCUUUCUGGGUUGAGCUCGCGGUUCUUGCGAGAAGGUCGAUGACUAACUCACGAAGAAGGCCUGAACUCUUCGGUAUCCGCCUCGGGGCAGUUCUCAUCACCGGAUUCAUCCUAGCCACCAUGUUCUGGCGACUCGAUAAUUCACCAAAAGGCGUCCAAGAACGUCUCGGAUUCUUCGCAUUCGCAAUGUCGACAACUUUCUACACUUGCGCAGACGCUCUCCCAGUUUUCCUCCAAGAACGCUUCAUUUUCAUGAGGGAAACCGCUUAUAACGCCUACCGGAGAUCCUCUUAUGUUCUCUCGCACUCUCUCACUGCUCUCCCGGCAUUGAUUGUCCUCUCGCUAGCAUUUGCUGCCACAACGUUCUGGGGAGUCGGCCUAGACGGCGGUCUGAUGGGUUUCCUCUUCUACUUCCUCAUAAUAUUGGCCUCCUUCUGGGCCGGAAGCUCCUUCGUCACGUUCCUGUCAGGCGUCGUCCCUCACGUAAUGCUCGGUUACACCAUUGUUGUGGCCAUUCUCGCUUACUUCUUACUCUUCAGCGGAUUCUUCAUCAACCGUGACCGCAUACCCUCGUACUGGAUAUGGUUCCACUACAUCUCCCUCGUCAAGUACCCCUACGAGGCCGUCUUGAUGAACGAAUUCAGCGACCCGACAAAAUGUUUCGUCCGAGGUAUACAGAUAUUUGACAACACACCUCUUAGGGCGGUCCCCAGGGGAAUGAAAGUGAAGCUGCUGGAGACGAUGAGCCGAUCGCUUGGGAUGAGGAUCACGAGCUCGACUUGCUUGACGACAGGCUACGACAUUUUGCAACAGCAAGGCGUUACGGAUUUGAGCAAAUGGAAUUGCUUGUGGGUCACGGUUGCUUGGGGAUUCUUCUUCAGGAUCUUGUUCUACCUCUCGUUGCUUUUGGGAAGCAAGAACAAGAGAAGGUAAACAAAAAAAAAAACGUAUCGUUGUUCGGAGGAAAGUGGGUGACUAUUGAUUAUUUUGUUGUGCAUGGUCUUUUUUUUUUUCAUUUUUAAUCUUCUUUUGUUUAAUGUUGUUUUGUAUAUUUUAAUUGUAAUUCUUCUCAAUUUAAGUUCGGAGUUGGUGUGAAAUUGUUACGAUGACUCGAUUACACCA